AAAUUCCCCUAUUUCAUGUGCUGAAUGCCCGAAUUACAUUUGAAAAUGUCAACGGCUGCAGGACAGCUGACAAAACAUCAUCACAAAUGGUUGGAGGUGCACAGUGUGAUUCAGGUGCUAAUUUUGAGGUUGACCAGUCAGUGUUUGAGAUCCCCAAAUCUUACCACGUCCAAGAUGACGGUAGGAACAUACACGUGCAGGAUGAGGAUAACGAGAUCAUGCAGUUUGCUAUUCAGCAGAGUUUGUUGGAAUCCGGUGGAAAUAAAGAAGUGGGGGUGCAUUCCAAUGGAGCAGUUGCAUAUUCACAGGACUUCAACAUACAGUAUCAGAGGGCAUUGCAGGAGAGCUAUCUAACGAGCUCAGGUAACUCACGCGGCAGCACCCCUAAUGAACCUUCCAGUUUUGAAAAAGACUUACAGCUUGCCAUGGAGUUGUCUGUCCGAGAGCAGGAGGAACGGGAGAAGCAACGUCGUGAAGAGGAAGAUGCAGAGCUUCAGCAAGUUUUACAGCUUUCUCUUGUGGAAAAAUAA